AUGUCUGCCAAUGACAUUCAAGCCUUAGGCGAGAUUGGUCCUGUCUUGCAGGAACUCAAUGAAACCCUGCCGGUAUUUGUGUGUGUAGUCCGCGGUCCCUUGAACGAAAUCAUCAAUGAUUAUCGUGCAUACGGUGCGGACUGUUUUGUUCGUAUAACGGAGGCCGGCCUUGCCCAAUUUCUUGAAGAAAGAGAUCAAGCGGGAGACGUGCAUUUCAGGAAGACUGUGUCAAACGAUGACAACAACUCGGUUGGGGGCCUUCUACCAUUUCUUGUUGUGCUGAGAGGCACCAUCAAUGGGGUUCUUCAAAAAUCCGAGUUGUUUAAAAUUGAGCAUGUUCUGAGCAUGCCAAAGAAGUCUGUCGACGCCUUUCUUGACUCCCAACGGACGGCUGGUAGUCUUCACCUUGUACCUGCAGCCGACCCAUCCCCGUUUUCUGCAUCAUCUCACCUUCUUAGGUCGGGUGAAAUCAGAUAUACGCAAUGGCCUGCCUUUGGUCAUCUUGGGCCUGCUACCACUCGUAUCAGACGACGAAGGCCAAAGGUUCCGCCAGUCCCAAAGCCUGAUAGCGAUUCUGACAGCGACUCCGUUAUUGUUAUUAGAUCCAAGCAAUUGAAUAGGCAGUCGACGUCUACCCAGUUGAGAACACCGACUUCUCUGUCCGAAGUUGGCACUCCCACUCUUAGGCGUUCCAAAAGAAUUCAAGAACUUUCGGUCGCACCAAGCUUGAGGAUGACAACUUCCAGUUUGAGACAGAGAACUGUUCUCAGCACCCCCCUAUCAUCACAUCGUUCAAAAAGGACUCAGGACCCUCCUUCCACGCCUUUGCGCCGCUCACAAAGGCUUCAAGCAUACGCUGUUGAGCAGUCGUGCCGCCUUCCAGACUUUAUCGUCACUGCUCCCACCUGCGACAUCGAAUACUUCAACGAGUUGGACAAUAUUGUCGACUAUUACAAUCCGGUUGCCUGCAACUUUCAUCCCGCAGUCUUGGAGCGUAUUGGAAAAGCUACUCUUGAGCUUGACAAAGUCUCAGUGGGGGUCAGCUGGAAAGCGUAG